CCAAAGGCUGCACAGGAGCUACUUCAGUCCUGUUGUAUUCCUGAUACAAAGGCAGACUAUGAGGAUCUUGUACCACUGAUGCAAGCCUACAACGCUGCUAAGACAAGAAAUGUGAAGACUCAAAAUCUGAGCCUUUAUGCCUAUAGAUAUCCAGCAAGGACGCUUCAGAGGAUCCACGAACCAUUUGCGAAGCUAACAUCAUGGCAAAUCAAACGCGCUAGAGCUCACGCAAGGGAAUGCAGUCCAGGCUCCUUAGUAGAAAAGCCGCCUUCUCAUAGGGUUCGACUUCUCCCAGCGAAACUUGACCAUUUCUUAGACUUUGUUAACCGGCCAUACUUUUAUCAAGAUGUUGCAUUUGGUACAAGGAAACUGAAACUUAAAAGCGGCGAGAAACUCACAAUGCCAAACAUCAUACGUAAAGUAACAAGAGCAACAAUGAUCAGGCAAUAUCUGAAGUUCUGUGAAGAAGAACAAUACGAACCCCUAAGUCGCGUGAGUCUAUUUCAUGUUCUAGAAGUACGGGAGGCCUCACAACAGAAAUCCUUGAAUGGUUUAGACAACACAGCUGCCGAUGGGUCAGCGGCGUUUGAGCACCUACAACAAAUAGUGGAGGAGCUUGGUCAUAUUGGCCUGGAGAAGAGCUUGGCAGAUGAUAUAAGUAGAUCUCUUCGUGACGGUAAGAAGUAUUUGAAAACAGAAUAUCAGAAGAUUUGCAAAGAUAAUGAGAGCUCAUGUCCAGAUCAUUGCCGUAAGUUGGGUCUAAGUGACCCAAAUGAUCCAAAUUUUCAAGAGAAAUGUACACAUGAACAUACUCUUAGCUGCCCUCAAUGUGAUGACAUCACUUCCUGUUUGCAUAAAUUGCAACAAACCGUCAAUGACAGUGAAAGCUUACGCUUUUACAGCAAAGAACAGAAAGAAGACUUCCUGUAUGACAUCGAGAAAGCUUUGGAUGCUAUUGUACAGUGGAAAGCCCACAUUAUGAGAACUGUAAACCAGGAAUGUGCGAAACAAGAUAUACUGGCAGAGCUUGAUCAGAAUUCGUGCCUUCUAGUAAUGGAUUGGGCUAUGAAGUUCUUGCAGCUUCGUUACAGAGAAAAACAAACUGAUUGGUAUGGCAAGAGAGGGCUCAGCUGGCACAUCACUAGUGUCGUGACCAAAGACAUGUCCAGCGCAACUGAGGUUAUCUCUUACACGCACCUUUUUGAUCAGUGUACACAGGAUUGGUUCUCAGUAGCUUCAAUUCUAGAGGACCUUCUGACAAAACUAAAAGCCAGAAAUCCUCUCAUCCAAAGAGCAUAUUUAAAGUCAGAUGAGGCUGGUUGUUAUCAUAACAGCUCCUUGAUUGCUGCUGUAAGAGAUAUCGCCAAGAGAGUUGGUGUUACAGUACAUAGUUAUCAUUACUCACAGCCACAGUCUGGAAAGGAUAUUUGUGAUCGUAUCCUGUGUCCACUGAAGUCCUCCAUCCGUAUGUACUGCAACGAAGGUCAUGAUGUUUUAACUGCUGCAGACAUGAGAGAUGCCUUAAUACAACACCCGGUAAAAGGAACAUCUGCCGCGGUCUGUGUAGUCAACGAGUCGAGAAAGACUCUUUCGGUAAAAAAGAUGGAGCAGUUCAGCAGCUUUCAUAACUUUGAAUAUGAAGCUGAUGGUCUUAGAGUGUGGAAAUGCUAUGGUAUAGGCGAUGGAAAGUACAUUCCAUAUGAAAUGCUUUAUGUCACCAAUCAGGUUCCAACCGCUCUCCAAACAGUGGAAUCCCAAGAAUUCUAUGUACCACUUGGAAAACGAGAGGUAAAACCCAGUUCAGAAGCUAGCAAGAGUACUGAGAGUAGUACACCACUGUUUGAAUGUUCAAAGCUCGGUUGCAACGAGGCCUUUGAAUCCUUUGCGCAGUUAGAGCUGCAUCUUGAUGUCGGUAAACAUACUGCCAGCAGGUUAAACCAGUAUGAUGUCAUCAGAAGGGACUGGGCACUGAAAUUCUCAUCUGUAGAUAACCCUGCUGACACCGAAAUGUAUUCAGUGCCUUCCGGGGGACCGCCAACGUUUUCAGAAGUCACUUCAAGCAAAUCAUCUCUGCAAACAGGUUGGGCCUUAAGCAAACCGAGAAGUAGCGUUAGAUUUUCGCCAAAGGUCAAAGAAUACCUAACAGCACGUUUCACAAUAGGAGAAAGAACAGGGCGUAAGGCUGACCCCGGCCAGGUUGCAGCAGACAUGCGAAAUGCAAAAAAUGAGUCUAAUGAACGCCUGUUUACUAGAUCUGAGUGGCUUUCAAAGAACCAAGUUCAGAGCUUUUUUUCGCGGAUGGCAGCAGCACGUCGUAAAGAGCAGGGUGUUGUCGGCUUGUCAACGGAAAAGGAGGAAGACAUACAGUGCUUGCAGGAAUAUUCAGAAAGAGAGGAUCUGAUUAACACAGUAAAUGAAGAAAUUAACGUCGCACAUCCUAUCUGUUUUGACAGUUAUGACCUGUGUGAGCGUUAUCAUAGCAACACGCUCCAAGAAUUCAAUGUAGCCAUGCUUAGGAGUAUCUGCAACCAUUUUGAGAUUCCUGUGAAAUCGAGGGACAAAAAGAAAUUCCUCUUAGACAAACUGACAGUCAUGAUAAGUGAAUGCGAGUGUGUGUCUCACUAA